AUGACAGUUGAGGAGUACCAAAUUGGUCAACUAUGGUCUGUUGCAGAGGCAUCAAAGGCAGAAACCGGUGGUGGUGAGGGUGUCGAAGUUUUGAAAAAUGAACCUUUUGAAAACUAUCCAUUGUUAGAUGGCCGUUAUUCUUGUGGGCAGUACACACACAAGAUAUAUCAUUUGCAAACCAAAGUGCCGGGAAUUGUUCGAACAUGUGCACCUAAAGGUUCUUUGGCAAUUCAUGAAAGAGCUUGGAAUGCUUAUCCAUACUGUAAAACAGUCUUAACGAAUCCAGAUUAUAUGAAAGAUGAUUUUUUCAUUCAUGUCGAAACAAUCCAUCUGCCAGACCGGGGUACUACCGAAAACGCACAUAAUUUGAGUCCCGAAGAUCUUUCUAAACGAGAAGUGAUUCAUCUUGACAUUGCCAAUGAUUCAGACUAUUUGAAUGCAAAUGACAUUGAUCCAGAAACAACACCGUCUAAAUUCAGAAGCCAGAAAACAGGUCGUGGUCCUUUAGAGGGAAACUGGAGGGAGACCAUUGAGCCAGUUAUGUGUGCUUAUAAAUUAGUUAAGGUGCACUUUAAAUGGUUUGGUCUCACAAAAUUAGUGGAAAAUUAUGCGCAUCGUCAAUAUCCUCGCUUAUUUACCAAAUUCCAUCGUGAAGUAUUUUGUUGGCUCGAUCGUUGGUAUGGUUUGACAAUGUCUGAUAUCCGCAAAAUCGAAGAUGAAGCACAAAAGGAAUUAGAAGAGGCUAGAAUAAAUGGCCCUGUACGUGGUAUGUUGCCAUAA